CCCAGCACCUUCUUUUAUUCUCCCCCUCGACAACAAGGAUCCAGCAGCUCCCCUCCACUCCAUUCAUUCUCCUCGACAGCAAACGGGAUUUCAUUCCUCUCGACAACCAACAAGAACCCGGUCCUUUCCAUUCUCCUUCCUCUCGACGAACACAAGGAAGGCAGCAGCUCCAUCCCCGUCAUAAUUAAAUUGUAGUUACGUUGGCCAAGUGAUUGGGUGAUCAUUCGACGAGAUCAAUGUUGAAUAUAGUUUGAACAACCUCCAUCACGUUCUAGGCACGAAGUUAAGAUCAUAGAGGCGGAGAUCCUAACCAGACAGUUCGUGAUCAGCAAGUUUGAGGAGCUCAACACAAUCUUUGCCGAGGGAUGGCACAUGAAGUAUCAUCAUAAGAAUUGGAGAACACUUUAAUUUGUUGAUACUUUGUGGUUAUAAGUAAAAGAUUGAAGAUUCGUUUCUUUUGUUUAUUUUACGAGUAU